UGCCGUUGGCUGAACUGCCUUGCCAAUCAAUCUGCGCCCUCCCCCGCUGAGCCGGUUUGGUUGGCACGCUCUCCUUCCCUUUCUCUCUGUCUCGCGGCGGUGAGUUGGAGCCGCUGUCCCUGGUCUGGCACGUUCCCUGUUAUAUUUUUCUGUUUAAAUUGGAUUCCCCUCUUUUUUAAAAUUUCAAAUUUGAAAACCAAUUCGGAACCCAUAUAUAGGAGCUGUAUUUUUUUUAUUCAUUUGUAAAUUUACCUGUCUUCUGUAAGAUGGCGGUGAUGAGAGGGGUGUCCGUGCCGGCAGUUGCCCGACUCGAGGGCCGUGAGUUCGAAUAUCUUAUGAAGAAACGCUCGGUGACCAUCGGGCGGAAUUCGUCGCAGGGCUCCGUGGACGUAAGCAUGGGCCACUCGAGCUUCAUCUCCCGCCGGCAUUUAGAAAUCUUCACAGCCGGGGAGGAUGGGGCCGGCGGCGGCGACUUCUACCUGCGCUGCCUCGGCAAAAACGGGGUGUUCGUGGAUGGGGUGUUUCAGAGACGGGGUGCUCCGCCACUGCAGCUUCCGAGAGUGUGUACCUUCAGGUUUCCAAGUACAAAUAUCAAGAUCACAUUUACAGCCCUAUCAAGCGACAAGAAGGAAAAACGGGAAGCGCCAGAGUCACCAAUAAAGCCAGUGCAGCCCCAGAUCUCGCCCUUAACAAUAAACAUUCCAGACAACAUAGCACAUCUAAUGAGUCCGCUGCCUUCCCCUACAGGAACCAUCAGUGCUGCAAACUCCUGCCCAUCGAGUCCGCGAGGAGCCGGGUCAUCAGGGUACAGAAUGGGUCGUGUUAUUCCAUCCGACCUACAGCUAAUGGACAACUCGCAGUCAGAAAAUGACAAGGAGGCAUCUGGGGGAGAUAGCCCAAAGGAUGAUUCAAAGCCACCAUACUCUUAUGCACAACUAAUAGUACAAGCUAUUACAAUGGCACAGGAUAAGCAGCUUACACUAAAUGGAAUUUACACACACAUCACCAAAAAUUAUCCAUACUACAGGACAGCAGACAAAGGCUGGCAGAAUUCGAUUCGUCACAAUCUUUCACUGAAUCGUUACUUUAUUAAAGUACCCCGCUCGCAAGAAGAACCAGGAAAAGGUUCAUUUUGGAGGAUAGAUCCUGCUUCAGAGAGCAAACUGAUAGAGCAGGCCUUUAGGAAACGAAGGCCAAGGGGAGUACCCUGUUUUCGAACUCCUUUAGGACCUCUCUCAUCUAGAAGUGCCCCAGCCUCUCCAAAUCACUCUGGAGUGUUAUCUGCACACUCUAGUGGUGUGCAGACCCCAGAGAGCCUCUCUCGAGAAGGUUCCCCUGUCCCAAUGGAACCGGAGCCCGCUGCUGUAGUGCAGCCUAAAUUAGCAGUAAUACAGGAAGCACGAUUUGCCCAGAGUGCACCUGGUAAGAGUCAAGUCACUCACAACAGAAAUAUUACAUUACCCUUAGGAAUAACAGGUUCCCCUUUAAAUAGCCAGCCAGUCUUAAUAACAGUCCAACGACAAUUGCCACAGACCAUUAAACCUGUCACAUACACUGUUGCCACCCCAGUGACAACAUCAACAUCCCAGCAACCAGUUAUGCAAACAGUUCACCUUGUCCACCAGUUACCAGCUGUGUCGGUUACUAGUGUUGCCGGAUUAGCACCAGCAAACACAUACACGGUGGCAGGCCAGACAAUGGUCGCUCAGGCAGCACUGUUUAAGCCUAAAGUGGAACCGCAAGAAAAUGGAGCGCACAAAGAAGUAAAAGUGAAAGUAGAACCUGUUCCUGCCAUUGCCCACGCUACUAUAGGAGUUCCAAGUCGUAUCAUUCAGACCUCUCAGGCAUCACCUUUACAGACAGUUACAAUUGUGCAACAAGCCCCUCUUGGACAGCACCAGCUACCAAUCAAAGCAAUCACACAGAACGGAACCCAUGUAGUCCCUAUCACCACAGCCAUACAGGGACAUGUCAACACAGCUGUUGCAAGCCCACUACACAUGUUGGCAACUCAUGCCUCUGCAUCAGCCUCUCUUCCAACGAAACGGCAAAAUGGAGAUCAGGCAGAACAACCAGAACUUAAACGUAUCAAAACAGAAGAAGAAAGCAUAGUCAUUGCAAUAAACAUGGACACUCCCACUGUAAGUGAACAAGGCAACCAGAACUAAAGACUUUGAGGUAUUGCCCUUUUUUAUAUCGACUCCAAUGUGCCAAAAGGAGAAGAUUAACGUAACCAUCUUUGAACUUUGGAAUGUGUUACCACCCUAUGGGUUAAAAAAAAAAAGAAAAAAAAGAAAAAUGGGGGGGUGGGGGGGGGGAAGAAGGUUCCCUGUGAGGAGACACAGGAAGCCUUAAAAACACAUGACUAAUUUAGGAGUGAAGAUCAAACUGAUUGAACGUUGUGGCCCAGCUUAAGAGGCUGUAUUGUACCUCCUGCUCAGCUACCUCAGUGUACACUGGGAAAUGGAGAGAGGAGGAGGAGGAGCUCAAAAAUAAAUGACACUUAUCUGAGGUUCUCAUUUCACUGUUUGAAUGGACUGACCAAACACAAGUGUAACAGAGCAUGACAAGCGCUUAGUGUAAACCAGAGUUUAAACAAUAGUGUAUUCCGCAAAGGGAACAAAUGUGUGGAGCCAUUUUCUAUAUCGGCAGCUAGCCUUUCAUAUUGACCUACCUAAUGCAGUUGUUAGUAGAUAUGCAGUAUUUUGUUGUUCAUAUGUGGAAACUAGGAUCUUUUUAGGGUGUUUUUUUAUUUUUAUUUCUGUAGGCAAAAACAAUGGGGUCACCAACAUUUCAAAUCACUCCAUUUGUACUUCGGAAUCACACGCUGUUUUCGUAUGUGGGAUUUUUAUGUUCAGUGAAAAUGUCGUUUUUUAUUUUUACCUUUUUUUAUUUUUAAUCUAUCAAUGGAGUGGUUUACUUUUGUCUAUUCUGUUAAAUCCAAAUUAAGCUAUGUUAUUACACCUACAGAUUUGCAUAUUUUAACAGAUAACUGAUAAAAAUGAAUCUGAAAUGUUUCCAUGUGUAGUGAUCAGAUGCUUCAUCAAGCUUGCAUGUAACCGAUUUAGAGAAAAUGUAACUGAGCCGUAAACUGAAAAAAGAACUGCUAUGAUUAUGACCAGAGCUGCACUUGAAUAACCGUUUCCCUUUUUUUUUUCUCUCUCGCUAUGUUCAGCUGUGUGUGUUACUUUGUGUUGGCAUUGGCAGUCCCUUGCUUGAUUAUUUUCUUAUGUUCAAGCUACAGAAAACAGUCUCUUCAGAUUGUAUUUGUUCAGUGCAAAAAAAAAGUGAUUAUAUGUUUGUUCUGCUUCAGUGGGUAAAUGCUUUUUUUUUUUUUCUUUUAUAAAUUAAUUUAAAAACCUUAUCUGAGAAUGUGUCUGUAAAGUUGGGCUAUUGUCAGUCCCUAUUUACUUGACUCAAAACAGAACCUGUGGAAAGGAAAUAUGUACAAUAAAUUCCUAUGAGAAGCUAGUUGUAAGAAUACUCAGCACAAAUCAACCUGGUGAGGAUACCUGAAUGUGUUAUGCUAAUUUCAGGUUUUAUUAGUUUUAAAACCAUGUUCAUAUUUAAAAGAAUGUACCAAUUAUGAUUUAAAACCUAGGCAUAGAAAUAAAAUGUUUGAUGCUAUUGGUACGGUUAAAACCAUUUUAUACAUUGAACAGUUCCCUAGUUUAUUGUUUGAUACUGGUUCAGUUUGCCUCUUCAGGUUGAAUGCACAAUUUCAAACAAGUGGAUGAAGACCCUUUUAAUGUGUGUUACACAUUUAUAAAGCAUCUAUGCUUGUUUUAGUCAAUCAGAACACAAAAAAAGGCUGUUCAACAUAAAUUAGCCACCACAUGAAGGUGUGUGCAUUAUAGUUAGUCCUACCUGUGAGAGUCUGCUUUAAGUUUGGAAUGUUAUGUAACUUUAGUGAGGUAAAAACAAAUCCUUAUUAAUUAUUUAAAUUAAACCAACUUUUGAUAAUGCCAUAUCAGAAUAUUAAUAAUUUUAGUUAUUUAAAAUAACUUUAAAAUGCUAACGCAUGGAAAUUGAAAUGUCAAUACCUGUAUAAUGCAAUGAGGAGUGCUCUCCCUAGUGGUCACUAUUGCAUUUAAAUGUCAUUUUAAAUACUGAAUAAUAUACAUACUGGACAAGAUGCAGUACCCAUAAGAUCUAAUAAUUUGAUUAGAAGCUUUCUGAAUAUGAUGUAUGUUGCUCAAAGUGAGCUAGAUUUUUACUUUAAUUGUUAGGUGUCUUCCUUUCAUCAUUUUAUAAUAUUGCAUAUUUUACUCAAUCUAUGCAGUCUCAUAUUGUAAAUUCACAUUUGAAGAGGAAGUUAAAAAACAGCUAAAAAGCAUGCCAAUAUGUAUUUUUUUUUUUUUCCUUUGUUUAAACUGCAUUCUUGCUGAAGGUGCAUAUUUGCUGCUCUCUGCUCCCUUAUCCUGCCUCCCGCUCUUGCUGCUGUUGCGCAUGCAAAGGGUCCCCCAUCUUGUCCAGGGCUACUGGUUAUUUGUUUCAAUUUAAUUUUUAAAAAAUAGGCUCUUGACAGCCGUUAGAUUAUUUUUGUUUAUUUAUUUAUUUUUAGUCUUUACUGACAUUGGUUUGGAUUGAAAAACUGAAUGACUUGUUUUUAGCAAUCCAGCUUUCUGAUAUUUUGGAUAAAAGAUUGUAAAGGACAUGUGCUGAUUUAUUAGGAACAUACACACCAUUCUCGAAUUGAAGAGGAUAAAAUCAAAUCUUCAGCAUAUAACUAUAAAAGCACUUCAGAAGGUAUAAAAUAGGAUUAAAUUGUUGCAUAUGGUAAUGGCCUAAAAAUACGGUUGGAUCAGCUAUAUUAAGAAAAUGUCCUAUUCCCAUGAUCACCUGCUGUGAACAUCGCCAGAAGCUAGAACAUGAUGUACAAUGAAAAAUAUAAAACCUGAAAUGGACAUUCAAUAUGUUAUAAGAAUUAGGUAAUCCUGGUGUACAUUUAAGGAAUAAUCUCUACUACAAAACACCAAGUUUCAGUUUUCGCUCUUAUAUUCCAGUUCUGAAAUUUACAACUAAUCUGAAAUUGAAUCUAUUGGUAAUUAUGCAAUAUGGCAUAACAGAGGGGGUGUGUCAUCGUGGGAUAGCGCCACACCUCCAGUUAAUUGUGAGGCCGUGGGCACUUUUUAAAGAACCAGAUGAAUUUCAUUACCUAUGGGUCAACAACUUACUUUUUUUUGACGUUUUAAAAAUGUAUUUUGUGCAUAACAAAUAUUUCAAUACAAGUUUAAGUGUUAGUAAUUAGUUUUAAUUAGAAAUUACAUAAAACAUGGUAAGGUUUUUGUACAUGAUGUGUAUUGACCAGUGAGCUUUAUUUUAAAAGUAAUUGUGCAGCAUUAAAUGUCUUCCUUACACCAAGAAAUAUAUUUGUUUAACUGUCAAUCCA